AUGGAUGUUGACAUCUGUGUACUCACCGAAGUGAAGAAGAAAGGGAGAGGAAAUGAGAUUAUAGGAGAAUAUAUCCAUAUUUAUAGCGGAGUCCCGAAAGAUGCAAGAGCAAAAAGAGGGGUGUCCAUAGCAGUACACAAAAAGCUGAGGAAGAAUAUAAGAAGCUGGGAAGAAGUCGAUGAGCAGAUAAUAAAACUGGAGAUAUUUAAAAACGGUAGAAAAAUUGUUAUAAUAGGCGUGUAUGCUCCCAGUGAGGACUCAGAUAGGGCAACAAAGGACCACUUCUACAACCAGCUAUUCAACACCAUAUCUGACAUCGAAGACAAUAAAGAGAUAUUCAUACUAGGAGACCUGAAUGGUCGAAUGGUAGGACAAUACGGCGAAACCGCUUUGAACGGUAAUGGACAGCGCCUGAUAAGCUUCUGUCAAAGUUCAUCCUUAAAAAUAAUGAAUGGAUAUUUUGCCCAUAAAGACAUCCAUAGAUUCACCUGGAUACAGGCCACUAGAGGAUUACGCUCUAUAAUUGAUUAUGUACUCCAAAAACAGAACUCGGCACUCAAGACCAUGGACGUGAGGGUGUACCGAAGUGCGGAAUGUGGGUCCGAUCACCAUAUGGUUGUGUGGUUGCUGUGA